GUUGGAUUCCAGGAAGGAAGUAACACCCGUUGAGCACAGUUGCUGUAAAAUGAAUCGCACUUCCUCAUAAUGCAGCUCCUAUGUUUCCUUGUGCUGCGGGUUUUCUGGCGAGAGCGGGCAGACGUCUGAAGCGAGAAAGAUGGGCUACAUGACAGUGGAGGAGCACAGCCCCACCCUGCUGCACCUCAAGAGAUCCCCGGGGAUUCGCUCUUGGUCUCUCCUCAUUGGUAUAUCAUCUGUUGGCUUGGCGGCUGCGUACUACAGCUCAGACAGCGUCCUCUGGAAGCUGUUCUAUGUGACGGGCUGUCUGUUUGUGGCCAUGCAGAACAUGGAGGAGUGGGAGGAGGCCGUGUUCGACAAAGCGAGGAACCUGAUUGAGCUCAAGACCGUGAGCCUCUACGCCUUAGUGCUGACCUUGUGGAAGAGAGGCCAGGAGAAAGUGGUGUUGGAUCUGCUCCACCUGCGUGACAUCUGUGUCCAGGAGGAGAAGGUUCGCUAUUUGGGGAGGGGCUACGUCCUGGUGCUGCGGCUGGCUACGGGCUUCUCCUACCCCCUCACCCAGAGCGCCACACUGGGGGGGCGCAGCGACGUGGAGGCAGUGGAGGCGCUGCUGAAGCGCUUCCUGGGCCUGGAGGAGCUGCAGCGUCGCUGGCAGCUGGAGCAAGAGGCAGAGUUUGAAGAGGAGGAGGAGGACGAGGAGGAGGAAGAUGAUCUGUACCACAGCAGCGACUCAGGGGAUGAAGUAGACCAACUCUGAUCUCUUGGUGACUUACAGUCUUAGCUGUUGGGUGGAUGGAGUUGAGGGCAUUAGGGCAACGCUUCGUCCAGCACAUUACAGCGGCUGUGGUUUCCCACAAGGCCGUCAUCUGGCCUGUGGGUAACGCCAACCUGCAAUUUAAAACCGCACGCUGUGAGCAUGUGCACUCAGGCACCAAGGAUCUUACCUCUUUUUAGUGAUUGUUUUUCAUUAUGCCUUACACACUCCCACUACCCCCUUCCAUUUCCUAUCCUUCCACUGUAGAAAUAGCCUUUUUUCAAAUGUAAUUUUGAUGUGAAUCGGGAUGCAAAAUCCCACAGUGAACUAUUUUGUCCAUAUGUCAGUACAUUGGAAUAUAAAGACGAACAUGUUUUUGAGGAUGAUUGAAACAGGGCUGGCGCAGCUGCUGUUACAUCAUGGUAACUGUUGAUCUCUGUAAAUGAGCAUCAUGUGUCAGCCUUUGAUUUAAUUACCAUUUGAGAAUCACACUCUAGACUAGUUAUUGUGCCUUCCUACUGUAAUAAGUGUUUAUGCGGAGAAGUUCAUGUUUUCCCACAGUAUAAAGGGAACAGCAGUAUUUUGUGGACCACCCAGUUGAUAAUGGCAUUUUGCAUGUUUAUUCAGACCAACCCGCAGGCCACACGAAUGCAUGAUGCGACUAUAAACUAUAAUCGAGCAUGAAGGAUUUU